AUGGCGCAACUACUGUAUCCGUCAUUUACGCCGACCUACCACCAUGACCAGUACCCGGCCAUUGAUCCAACGCAGCCUUCGCUCGACUGCUCUCACUUGACAUUUCUGGUGACCGGAGCAGGUCGCGGUAUAGGUCAAGCGAUUGCUGUGGCUUUUGCACAGGCACAUGCUAGGAGAAUCGCACUUCUCGGCCGAACGAGAUCGACGCUUGAGGAGACGGCAGCUUUGGUAGAGAGGGCCAGUGGCGGAACGACCGAUGUGUUCUUGGUCACUGCAGACAUCACGAUCAAAGAGCAAGUCCAGACAGCGUUCGACUCCACGUUCAACCGCUUCGGUGGCCAGGUGCCGGACGUCCUAGUCAACAACGCAGGCGGGCUCGCGGGAAUCGGCAGCCUCACAAAUGUCGACAUCGACGACUUCAUGAGCGCCUUCGACAUCAACGUCCGCGGUUCCCUCACCGUCCUACAGACCUACCUUCGCGCGAACCAGAAAUACUCCCCAGACACCCCACGUACCGUGAUCAACCUCGCGUCCGGCUCAGCACACCUGCCCUACGCUCCCACGGCAGCAGCCUAUGCCUGCUCCAAACUCGCCAACGCAAAAAUCACCGAGUACUUCCACCAUGAAAACCCGUCCUGGAACGUCUUCAACAUGCAACCCGGCGUCGUGGCCACAGACUUGGCGCGGCAGGCUGGUCGUAAGGCCCCGGACUCGCCUGAGCUGCCGGCUGGGUUUGCGGUGUGGUUGGCUGCUUCUCCGAAGGCGGUGAAGCUGAAUGGGAGGUUUAUUUGGGCGAAUUGGGACAUCGAGGAAGUGCUGGAGAGAGAAGAGGAGAUUCGGAGAAGAGAUCUGCUUACGCUGACACUGAAGGGGUGGGCGGAGGAUGUUAAUGCUGAGGAGUUGAAGAGGAGGGCGGUGGGUGUGCAUAGGGAUGCUGAGCGGAAGGUCGAGUGA